CUCUGCACGCUCUCUAAUCUCAUCCCGUCAUCAAUCAUUUCGUUCAUCUGGUCCUCGGUUUAGACCAAAACGGAUCUACUAGACCUAGUAACAAUAUGCCUUGCUUGUUGCGGCAACUGACACGCAAUGCUAGGCUCCCCUCUCUUGGCUCGUAGUCUUGUUCCAGCCGUCCACCUGCUUUUUUACAGAUCAAAGCUGGGCUCCGCACUUGACUGAAACCUCCGAACGGGGCUUUGUACAAGCUCCCCACAACUGCCGAGAAGAGCCAUGGUUAUGAUGAUACAUACAUUGAGGGGUUGAGGCCAAAAACGAAAGGCCCAAAGCGAGCAAUGCAUUAUGUAGAUGGCCGCAUUGCAUACCGCCUCAGCGAGUCGAGUCAGUCAUCCGGGUGUCUCAUGAUGUUUUUGCCGUGAUUUUUACUGUGGUUGGUGAUCUUUAAAUACAUUACAAGCUUUGUCCUUUUUUCCCCCCAUACUUUUUUAAUUGCGAGGAAUCCGGGCAGUCACCCUCCACGAGCUAUAUCAAUACAACAUUUUUUGUAUUUUUGAAGUCGUCACAGACCUAACCCAUCAGAGAUCGUGCAAGUGAACUGGUAUAGUUUGUUUUCAAAAUGGCUACCAAAGGCAGCGAGGGUUUCGCCACUCAUGAAUUCUUCAACAUCAUCAACGGUCAGCGCCGAGGAGCUGGUGCGGGCGGCGUGGACCGCGUCAUCGACCCUCGCACCGAGGAGCCCUUGUGGGAGGUUCCAAUAGGAUCCGCAGAGGACCUCGAAGAUGCUGUCACCGCUGCUCGCGCGGCGCUUCCAGGCUGGGCUGCGACCACGGCUGAGGAGAGACAGCAGCUGUUGGCCAAGAUGGCCGAGGCUCUCGGUGCGAACAUGGAGUUUCUUGCUGGCGUCGUAAUGAAGGAGACGGGGAAAUCACAACUCAUGGCGACUAUUGAGAUAGCAAACUCAUUAGAUCAGUGCAAAUAUUUUGCCAACAACACUUUGCAAGACAAGGUCCAGUUUGAAGACGACACCAUAAAGAUUAUAGAGACGCAUGCUCCGUUAGGCGUUGUCGGAGCCAUAUCACCCUGGAACUUCCCACUGAUCCUCAGCAGCAUCAAGGUGGUAUCUGCUCUCGUCAUGGGAAACACAGUCAUCAUGAAGCCCUCCCCCUUCACCCCAUACUGCGUCCUCAAGUUCGCCGAGCUUUGCCAGAGCUUCCUCCCACCGGGCGUGCUCCAGGCCAUAAACGGCGGUGGAGAGCUCGGCGGGCUCAUGACGCUGCACGACGGCAUCGACAAGAUCAGCUUCACAGGCUCCAUACCCACGGGCAAGAAGGUCAUGGCCAACUGCGCCAAGACGCUGAAGCGCGUCACGCUAGAGCUCGGCGGCAACGACGCCGCCCUUGUGUGCGCCAACGUCGACCUCGACAAGGUCGUGGCCCAGACGUGCGCGGGUAGCUUCUUCAACGCGGGCCAGUUCUGCGCGGCCACCAAGAGGAUCUACGUGCACGCCGACAUCUACGACGCCUUUGUCGACAAGUUCGUCGCCGAGACCAAGGCAAACUACGAGAGCGCCUUUGCCGGCGACGGCGUCUCGGUUCCGACAAUCUUUGGGCCCGUCUCUAACAAGAUGCAGUUUGACGUCGUCAAGAGGAUCCUCGACGACGCAGCGAGGCCUGAGUCCGGCGGCAAGAUACUCACCGGCGGUAAGCCGCACGAUAAGGGCUAUUGGAUCCAGCCCACGGUCGUGGCGGGCCCGAAGGAGGACUCCAUGGUUGUCAAGGACGAGCAAUUUGGGCCGGUGAUACCGAUUCUGAAGUGGUCCGACGAGCAGGACGUGAUCAAGCGCGCCAACCUCUCAAACUCGGGCCUCGGAGCGACGGUCUACUCUAAAGAUCUCACCCAGGCCGAGCGCAUCGCCCGGCAGCUUGAGUCAGGGUCUGUAUGGAUAAACAUGUCUGAGAAGCCCAAUGCUGCGGCUUGGUUUGGCGGAUGGAAAGACAGCGGGUUUGGCGGAGAGAUGGGACUCCUGGGUCUAUACUCUUACUGUCACAUCAAGAGUAUCCAUUUCGCCAAAUGAGUUGAAGUGAUUGGACAUCUCAUGCGGGUCUAGAUGGCAGGAUUAAAUAGAAGCCCGGAUGCCUAUAGACAAUGAUGUCACUUAUCAUACUCCGACAACUGUAUGACUUGUGCCCAA